GUAGUUCAAUUUUAAUUUAUGUCUGAGUCACUGUCAACAAAAACUAAGUAAUUAAAUUCAAGUAUUUUAAAGAUUUUCCAUACAAAUAAUGGGCGAUAUCAAAAUAAUUACCUCCGAUUUCCUUCAUUUGCAAGUAUCCACCUCACAAGAUGACAUAUCUUUUGGAGAAAAACGUUUUCCGAAAGACCUAACCAUAUCAGACUUGAAGGCAAAACUAGAAUUAAUGACAGGAGGAAAUUGCAAUACGAUGAGGAUAGAGGCGUACAACAAAGAUAAUAAAUUAGUGGCGAGUUUAGACGAUAAUAAACAAGUCUUAGGUUUUUACCCCAUCGAUGAUGGAAUGAGAUUACACGUUAUCGAUGAUUUCCAACUCAGAUCAGAGUUCGAUUCGGCAAACGUCCCUAAAUUUGAAUUAUCAGAAGAGGAAUAUUCUAAACGAGGAGAUUCAGUUAAAACAUUCCUAAUGAAGAAUAAAAUGGGUAAAUACAAUGAAGAAUAUGUUAAGAAGAAAGAACAACAAGAAUCAGAGGAAAAAUCACAGGCAGAGAAUAUGAAAGUGGGUUCAAGAUGUAAAGUUACUGUAUCAAAUGCACCAACAAGAUUAGGCACUAUAAUGUACAGUGGUGGAAUUGAUGGUUUAACUGGUUCUUGGAUAGGUAUUAAAUAUGAUGAACCUGUUGGAAAACAUGAUGGAAGCAUUAAAGGAAAAAGAUACUUUCAAUGCCCUGAUAAGUAUGGUGCAUUUGUUAAACCUUCUUGUGUCCUGAUUGGAGAAUUCCCAGAAGAAGAUUAUGAUUUAAAUGAGGAAUUAUAAAACAGAUUUGAUAUAAACAAAAAAUAAUUGAGCUUUAAAUUAAAAUUAACUGAAAAAACCUUUUUUAUAUUAACAUAAAAAAAUUCCAAAAUUUACCUUUAUUAUUUAAUUUAUUUUAAUUAGAUAGUAUGCUUUUUAAUUGUACCUAUUUUUCUUAAUAAAUUGUGAUAAUUUUGUUCUUU